UUGGGCACCUGUGAGCACAGACUGUGGAGAUGAAGGCCCUGCUCCUGAGCUUUGGCCUGGGCCUUGUUGUGGCCCUGCAGGCCCAGGCCUACCCUGCUGUGGAAGAGAGUCAUGAUGUGUCAGGAACAUGGUAUGUGAAAGCUACAGCGUCUGAUAAGGCAUUUCCCAAAAAGAAGCUUGGCUCUGUGUCUGUGACUCCCAUGACCAUCAAGACCUUGGAAGUGGGCAACCUGGAAGUCAAGUUCACUGUCCGGAUUGCGGGAGAGUGCCGAGAGAUGAGGAUUGUCCUAAAGAAGACAGAUCAACCUGACAAAUACACAGCCUGUGAGUCCCUGAGCCUGUGA